AAUAGGAGAUUACGAGGUGACCUGGAACGCAACAGGACAAACUGGGACAGGGUCCGGAAGGUGAUAUUAGGAAUCCCGGAAGCGAGUUCUUAUUAUUGGUCAAACUCUGUGGAUGUAUAUUUAACGAUGGAUCCACAGCCUCCACAAAAGCCAUGGGAAAGGCGGAUUCCGGGGGCAAUGAGUGUGCCUAUAAAUUACAGAUCUGCAAACUUUGGACCAGCUGCAGGCCCCUCCCACUCUGCGGGCCCUCCUGUCCUGACCCGUGUGGUGCCCCCGGUUCCACCCCGUCCCGUCCAUCAGGCUUACCGUCCAUCCUACGGCUCCGUCACCUCCUCUUACAGCCCCUAUGGGAGCUCCAUGUAUGGGGGCUAUGGCGGUGGCUAUAGCGGUGGCUACGGCGGUGGCUACGGCGGUGGCUUCGGCGGUGGCUUCGGCGGUGGCUUCGGCGCGGGAGGAUACAGCCGCCUCCCCCACACGGAAGACGUGGCCCCCAGCCGCUUCGUGCAGCAGGCGGAGGAGAGCAGCCGCGGCGCCUUCCAGUCCAUCGAGAGCAUCGUCCAGGCCUUCGGCUCGGUCAGCAUGAUGCUGAACGCCACCUACUCGGCGGUGUAUAACAGUUUCCGUGCCGUGCUGGACGUGGCCAACCACCUGACGAGGCUGCGUGCACACCUCACCAGUGUUUUUUCAACCUUAGCUCUGGUACGCAUGUUGCACUACCUCUACCGGCGGUUACAGAGGCUGCUGGGGCGAAGGUCGGACGCCGACAUAGACGACUUGUGGGCCGACAGUGCCGCUGAUGCCCUGGUGACAAGUGCGUCCGGAGGGGACGGAGCAGGGAUGGAGAGUCGGCCCGUGAAGUCCUGGCCAAUCUUUCUGUUUUUCGCUGUAGUCUUGGGGGGACCCUACCUCAUCUGGAAACUGCUGAGCUCGGGCCCUGGCUCUGAAGAGACCGCCACUAACUGGGCCAGCGGGGAGGACGACCACGUGGUGGCCCGAGUCGAGUAUGACUUUUUAGGGGCGUCCGAGGAGGAGAUUUCUGUGCGGGCCGGAGACAUGCUCAACCUCGCCCCGAAAGAGCACCAGCCGAAGGUGCGCGGCUGGCUGCUGGCCAGCACGGACGGCCAGACCACGGGACUCGUCCCCGCCAACUACGUCAAGGUCCUGGGCAAGAGGCGGGGCCUAAAGCACGCGGAGAUGGAGAGGCUCGCUGAGGUGCAGCAAGGGAACACUGCCGCACACCCACAGUCCAGCCCCGCCCCGGGCCUCGGUUCGGCCUCCGCCUCGGUCUCCACGGAGGUGCUGCUGGAGUCGGCGUACAGAGGAGCGCCGGCCCCCUUCAGCCAGGGAACAUCCAGCUCCAGCACGGUGCUAAACAUCCCCGAGAAGGCUGACCUGUGAUGUCUGUUCGUGCCUUUCUCUGUAUGCAAGUUUGUGUGUGUUCACAUAUUCGGUUGGCUCAGUCAGUAUUCGUUUGCAGCGUUUAACUCUGAAGCUUGACUCAUAAUCAGCUGACAGUAGAUAUUUAGGGAAACACCAUUGACCUCCGUUGAGAAUUUCUCAAAGUAGUUCCGAAGCUUAUUAUUGAAAUCAUCGAACACCAUCUGGACCUUCUGAUAAGGUUAAAGGUCAAAACGGGUUUCCAUACACAGGUUUCCUGUUUUGCUGUUCUGUUUAGAACCAGCGUGUCUUAAAUUAGGUUAACAUGACAUUUCUUGUGAAAAAAAGAAAGUCUAGUGUGUUCUCUAAAUACAGUGCACUGCCGUUCUUUACAUCAUGUCUGAUUUAAGAUGCAAUAUCUUGAUAUUGUCUAACAAUAAUUAGCUCAAUGUUUAAGUUAAUGAGGCACACUGAUACAUCAUCUGUAUACUGACAGUGAGGACAGUUUCAUGAGGUAAUCAUGUCUCUUGGCCUCACUUGUAGGCUGCUUGGUCCUUGUCUUUGUGAGGCAAAUGUGAUUCGAUUCAUUCAGAAGGAAUGAAUCAGCUGUUUCAGCUGUUUGUUAGUCACAGAUUGUAAUUUUGUAAAUAUAAUUAUUUUGAAAAUAAAUAUUUUAAAAAUCACGUUUUGCCUUUUUUGUGUAACACCAUCAGAAGGAAAAUGUGAAUAUAAAGCAUGUUUAGUUGCGUUUUUAAACAUCAGUAACAUCUCAACGGUAAAAUCUACCCUUAAGACCAAGAGAGCUUAUUUAGUUUAGUUUUAGGUUUCAUUGUAUUGAAAUAAUAGUGUUUAUUUCAUUUGUUCUUAAGUCCGGGGACUGAUGGCAGAAGCGCUGGUUUUAAGGCCGCUGUCUCUAAGGACGCUUAACCUGCUGCAGUGCGACAACAGGGACGACUCGGCUGAAUACGACGGAAGUAACCAAAGUGUUGAUUUCUCUAAAGUAGUUUAAGACUUGACCUCUGAGUUUGCAUUUCGACAGUACAGCCUGUCGAUAACCCCCCGUGCUACUGGGCUUAAACGUUUACAAACGACUGUGUGUACACUGUGUGUGUAAGUAGCCACUUUACGUUACUUUGCUACCUCAUAUGCUAACCUAGCUGAGUGAAGCUAGCGGUAAUGCUGCCUUCGUGGACUGUUCCGAAAAACUGGUAUGAGUGCAGCUGUGCUUACCGGUGAAUACCUUAGAUAAAGUACUUUAACAAAAGAUUCACAGCUCAUGGUCCACUUUGUCUAAAGUACCUCUCAGAAUUGACCGCUACUUAAUAAUAAUACAUUUUAUUUAUAGAGCGCUUUUCCGAAUACUGGAUAUUGGUCACACAAAACUAACUAUGAAGACUUGGCAAGACUUGAGCAAAAUUGUUUAUGGAGGUGUAUAUUCUACAAUUAUUUGGAAGAAAACUGCAGCACCCAACAACUGCAGUACAGUGCUGCUGACUGCGUCACUGGGGCGAUUGUGGUCGUAUUUGUCGUGACGCGUGGUAUGGCGUUUCUGAUUAGGAUUUUACGAGGAAUACCUGAAGGCAGCAUAUCCUGUCCCUCAAAGUUAGCUAGCUAGCAUUAGCCUCAGUAGCCGGUAGGAGUGGACCGCAGCAUCAGCACCAUCCGUACACAAUGACAUAAACAGACACCAGCUCAGUUUACUGUACGAGACGACGGAGGAGAGAAUAUCUCCGACACCAGCUGAGUAUGUCAACGAUAUUUUAUCCUUCUUGCGGUUUGAAUUAACCUACGUGUAGACAAGCUGCUGAUUUAAUUUGACCAUGGACGCAUCUGCAGCUGAUGCAGCAGGAGGAGGACAGAGAGGCCUCCGCUAGCAUCACUACUCUACUGACACGAACUUUCUCUAUUGUACAACUUAUUAUGGAUUUAUAUCGUAUCAACAAAUGUAUGUAAAAUGCUUCAAUUCUCGACCUUUGGAUGCUGCUGACAUUAAAUCAGAGUAAAGCUCUGCAGACCCUUCAGGAAGUUAUGACCUAUGAUGUAUUUAAUGUUUAAAAAAAAUCAUAGUAAUUUAGAUUUUUCGUAAAUGACGCAUUACACAGUCCCCAAACAAAAGCAUUAAUGUUAGUUUAGAAAUAUGGCUGACCUUUAAAAAGAAGAAGUGGCUAAACCGAGAGUGAUGAUUAUCCUCUACGAGCUACAUUCUCAGUUGUGACUGGAGCGGGGCGGAAUACGUUAAUCAGUAUUGAUGCAAUACCUCACAUAUGAUAAUGUAAUCAUAUUGUGUGUGUGGCUGCUUAUUGCUGUCAUACCCCAAUUCACUUGAGAUAACAAAAUCCUUCAUAAUUGGGAUUAGGGCUGCCACUAACUAUUAUUUCCAUUAUUGAUGUGGUAAUUAAUAUCUCAUUGCUAGGGCUUUCAUAAAACUACGUAAAUGAAACUCAAGCGAUUAUUUAAAUAGUUGCCAAUUAAUUUCCUGUUAAUGGACCAGUAAUAAAAUAGCUCUGAUUUGGAUAUGAUGACCGAGCGGCUGUAAGCGUUCAUUCCUGACUCGCUGCCUGUUUGUUUCACGUCCCUCUGCCUCUCUGCCUCUCUGUCUCUCUGUCUCUCUGCCUCUCUGUCU